AGGCAGCGGCUGAUUAGCUCAGGUUUACAUCACCCGGGCCAAAACUGUAGCCUGGCGCCAGGCGUCCAAGAGUCACUCGCCGCGGAAGCCGCGGUGGCUCCGCACGCUUCGGGCUGGGGUGGGGGGCGGAGGGGGAAGUCGAAGCUAGAGCUCCACCGGAUCCCAAGCUUAGCCGCAGCGGAGCAGGCCCCAGUCCACCAGGGGUUCCCAGGCGACUCUGAACUUGGGCGUCCGCAAGACACCGCCCCACCAGGGCAAGAUGCGAGCCACCCCUCUGGCAGCUUCUACGGGUGCCUCUUCCAGGAAAAAGCAGUUGAAGUUGGACGAUGACCUAGACACCGAGUGUCCCACCCGGAAACGAGCUCCAAGUGAAUCCCAGCCCAGGCUUCCCCGCUGCCCACUGCCCCUGAGCCCACCCCCUGCUCCAGUCCGUGCCUCUGCUGUGACCGCUGCCUCCCGGCUUGGACCCUAUGUCCUCCUAGAGCCUGAGGAGGGCGGCCGGGCCUACCGGGCCCUGCACUGCCCCACAGGCACCGAGUAUACCUGCAAGGUGUACCCCGUCUCUGAGGCCCUGUCAGUGCUGGAGCCCUACUCGCAGCUGCCCCCGCACAGGCACGUGGCCCGGCCUGCGGACGUCCUGGAGGGCACGCACCACCUUUACACCUUUUUCCCUCGGCCCCAUGGGGACAUGCACAGCCUGGUGCGCCGACGUCACCGCCUCCCUGAGCCCGAGGCCACCACGCUAUUCCGCCAGAUGGCUGCCGCUGUAGCGCACUGUCACCAACACGGCCUAGUCCUGCGAGAUCUCAAGCUGCGUCGCUUCGUCUUCACCAACUGCGAGAGGACGAAGCUGGUGCUGGAGAACCUGGAGGAUGCCUAUGUGUUGACUGGGCCGGAUGACUCCCUGUGGGACAAGCAUGCGUGCCCUGCCUACGUGGGACCUGAGAUCCUUAGCUCACGGGCAUCCUACUCAGGCAAGGCAGCAGAUGUCUGGAGCCUGGGCGUGGCGCUCUUCACCAUGCUGGCCGGCCGCUACCCCUUCCAGGACUCAGAGCCUGCCCUGCUCUUUGGCAAGAUCCGCCGUGGAGCCUUCGCCCUGCCUCAGGGCCUCUCGGCUCCUGCCCGCUGCCUGGUCCGCUGCCUCCUUCGACGGGAGCCAGCUGAACGGCUCACAGCCUCGGGCAUCCUGCUGCACCCCUGGCUGCGGGAGAACCCAAUGCCCUCAGCCCCAUCCCGAUCCCACCUCUGGGAGGCUGACCAGGUGGUCCCUGAAGGGCAGGGUCUGGAGGAGGCUGAGGAAGAGGAAGGAGGAAGGGAAGUGGGUCUAUAUGGCUAGGGCUACCCUACCAGACUUUGCUGUAAACGGGAUUGAGUUUGGGGCGUCUCCAAGCUCUCUCCUGACUUUUUGAACCCAGACAAACCUUAAGUGCCUUCUAGGAGGCAAGUCCUUUGGAGCUGCCUGUGUGCCACACCCUGUUCUUGGUGCUGGGAAUACAGUCAUGAACAAAAGAGACAAAACUCCUGCUCACAGAGCUGGCAGUACUUUUCCACACCCCGUGUCUGUGCUGGGCAGGGUACACUUAGUGCAGGUGCUGCUGUCCAUUCGUGCUGGCGCCCCAGCACCUCUGUCAUGGGACAGUCCCUUUGACAAACAACCCAGCUGCCUUUGUAUCUUGCACCUUUCAGAGAAAAGGAAGCAUCCUGUGCCAAAGGCUCCAGGCCUCUCCCCUGUAACUUAAGACUCCAGAGCCCAGACCAUGCCUGGAAUUCUGCUCCUGCAGCAAUGUGCCCUUGGUCAGGCUUGAGCCAAGGAUUUGGGCUGGAAGAUCAAGAGAGCAAACUGUGAGGCAGGUCCUCACCUGACUCAAGGAGUCAUUUGGAAUGAGGGUCCAGGCCUGUCCACCUCAGCGGCCCUCGACCUGAGAACCAGAGUUGGGGGACAGGAUUAGGCAGGGUCUGCCCGCUGGCCUCCUGGAAAGUCCUAAGCCCAGUUCUGGGGACAUCUGGAGUCUAGGACCCCACAUAAUCACUAUAGGUUUUGGAUGCCAUGAGUAUAUAUUUUUUAACCUUGUGCCUAAUAAAGGAGUUAUGAAAUAC